AAGGUUCCAUACGUGGUACUAGUCUGUGGUAGUUCCUCAUUUCUGUGAGUGAGGUUUGUCGCGUUGCUGUCGUCGCUGUCAAGGGUAUCGUGAAAAUUUUCGCUAUUUCGUUUUCUUUACAUUAUUGAACCGUGAAGCUUACAUACAAGUAAAUACAAAUUUACAGUGCCAUUAAAUAAUAAUAUUGGGUUUCGGUGAGAUAUACGGAUUAACAGUCAUGAAGUCUCUAUCAAGCAUCAGUGAGAUACCAGAAUUGACGAAGAGCAAUGUCCAUAUACGCAAUAAGAAUGAACUGCUGGAGAAAAUAAAUAAGAUCAUAUCAGAUGGACACUCCAAAUUGCAGAUUGUCACAGACUUCGACCACACCCUCACAAGACACACCACGGACAGUGGAACUACUGUACUCACGAGCUUCGGCAUGUUUAGGGAAUGUCCAUCAGUCCCGCAGCAUUACAAAGACGAGGACAACCGAUUGUCCGCAAUUUACAAACCAAUUGAGUGUGAUCCCUUCAUGAGCAUUGAGGAGAAGACCCAGCAUAUGAUCGACUGGUAUGUCGCCGCACACGAUAUUUUGAAAGAUAUCGUAUUUCCACGAUCUGAACUGAUGGAGAUUGGAAAGAAAAUGAUUGAUUGUUUUAGACGAGGCGUGAAGGACAUGAUGUGGUGGAGCCAGCGGCAGCAGGUGCCGGUGCUGGUAUUCUCGGCGGGGCUGGGCGAGUGCGUUCUGGCCGCGCUGAAGGCCGCCAACUUCCUGCUGCCGCAUGUCAAGGUCGUGUCAAAUUUCCUCGCGUUGGACGACAACGACAAGAUAGUCGGCAUUAAAGGGGAGGUCAUUCACACUUACAACAAGAACGAGACGGCGAUAAAGAAUACGGAGUACUAUGAGAUGGUGAAGGACAGGAGCAAUGUGAUUUUGAUGGGGGACAACAUUGGAGAUGCCGGAAUGGCUGAGGGCAUGGAGCACUGUGACGUCGUCAUCAAAGUCGGCUUCCUCGGCCACAACACCGACGACAACCUACAAAACUACCUCAACAAGUUCGACGUAGUGUUAGUUCACGAGCCCUCUAUGGACGUAGUAAAUGCCAUACUGAAACUAGUGCUGUGAUUUUAUUAUUAUAUUUAUAGAACGUUUUAUUUGUUAUGUAUAUGUCGCAGUCGGAUUGUAUAAUCCGCUGUAUUACAUUACGGCUAGCUGUUUUCAAAAACAGGGCCGUUUUGUAAUGCGGUGGUGCAACGAUUAGCCGUAUUGUCAUUGCGAUACGUUCUCCAAUAAAGCGGUCCACGUUCAGCCGCAAUGUACUACUACUUAAAUUGUAGGGUGACUAUAAUAUUUUUUUCUAAUUGCACUUGAAAAUUGUUCUUAAAUUCACUAUUUACCGAUAUAUUUAACACGUUUCCUUUAUUUAAUUCACUUGUAACUUCGCUAUUUAAUAACACACUUUCUGCAUCCAACGCCAUUGUUAUUGUUAUGACAGGCAGCGCCAUAAGUGUAAAGAAUCGGAACUAAAAACUGUCAAAGAGGCGGCUAAUCCCUCGACUUAUUACAUUACGGCUAGCCGUGUUGAAUGACAUAUGGUGACGAAUACGUUUCGGCGGUUUUUUACUUAGCCGCAUUCAAUACAGCUAAUCGUUGAACCGUCGCAUUACAAAAUGGCCCUGUUUUUGAAAACAGCUAGCCGUAAUGUAAUACAGCGGAUUAUACAAUCCGACUGCGACAUCUAUACUUUGAACGGAUACUUGAUUAUUGUCGUAUUUGCACAUUGAUAGUUAUUUUGCACGAUGCGGUAAUUUUAUUUUUGUAACAAACUUGUUUUAUGAUGACAGGGAUCAUUCUGCAAUUUUUGAUACUUGUACUUUGUGACUGUGCUUGGUGCAAAAGCUUUGAAAGCGUAAAACAACUUACCAAUAAACAUACUUACUGUUAGUUUAACCACUGUUGCGGUCUGAGACGAGACUAAACUGUUGAUUUCAUUCACUUAGUGAAUGUUCUAUAAAAAACAAAUAAGUAAAAGGACAAUCGUCAAAAGAGACCGUAAAAUUCAAUCUUGUGGGUGCAUUUGGGACUAUACCAAUCUUAAGAUUGGCGCGUCAUUCAGUAUUUUACUUAAGUUUGAAUAGACAAAAUGUUGCUAUAUUUUUCUAAGAUUAUUUGUUAUUGUUUUUGUUACGUUGUAUCGACUCGUAAUCGCAAUUCUCUUCCGUCUAAAGUUAAAUUUAUAAAAUAUUGACAUUAUUUUGACGCUAAAUUAGAUUUUAUAGCUUUUUGUAUUUCUUAUAAGACAUUGUUAUACCUACAUACUAUGUAGUUGUGUAUAUGUUUACUGAGUCGCACAAUGGCGUAUUUAUGGAAUGUUAGUUUUGCAAAACGAGUUAAAAUUAGGAGACGAAAUAAAACGAGUUUGGUAAAGAAAUUAAA